AUGAAUAAGAUUCUCGUUCGGUUUCAUCGUUUCUUCAUCUUCUUGCUUCUUACAAGGGUUUCUUUAUCCUCAUCCCUCCCACACACUGAUACUGGUUAUGUAGAUUCAGAUACUGCAAGAAUUCUGAAUCAGGAGCAUGGUGAUGUUCAUCGAAUACAUUGCUCUAGAGAAAGAAGUAGAAUAGCUUGGAAGAUCAUUCAAGAGUAUUUGACGCCAGUUGUGGAGAAAGAAAAGUAUAAUAUCUCAAGAAGGUGCAGGCUUCACCCUGACAAUGAUAUAUACAGAGAUCAAGAACAGCAUAAAUCUCAUAUAGAUAUAAAUGAGUGGCAGUGUGGGUACUGUAAGAAACUUUUCUACGAAGAGAAACAUCUUGAUCAGCAUUUUGACAACAGACACUCCAAUUUACUUAAUUUGAAUGAAAGCCAGUGCUUAGCAGAUGUAUGUGGAGCAUUGCACUGUGACCAUGACAUCAAUUCCAGGUCAAAAAAAUCAAAGUGCAAUCCUGCUGCAGCAGCAAGAAAUAAACAUCUAUGUGAGACCUUAGCAGAUAGUUGUUUUCCGGUUAACACAGGCCCUGCGGCAAGCCGGCUUCAUGAAUUCUUCUUGCAUCAAUUCUGUGAUGCACACAGCUGUGCUGGAAGUCGGAAGCCUUUCUCCAGAGGGCGCAGGAAAAGGAGAAACGGGUUCUACAUUGCUGCCUCCAUUUUUCUUGUGAUGCUGCUGUUAUUUUACUAUCUAUACAUUUAUUUAUAUCAGAGAGGAUUGAAAAGAGAAACUCAAAUGCUAAAACGUAUCUCACAAGCUGGCCGAAAAAAGAAGCCAUCUUAA